UUUGUAAUCAAACGCCAUUUUGGAUGGUUUAGGCGUGAUUUGCCGUUUGUUGUGUGGCGACUUUUUGAACGCAAAAAUUUGCCUGGUGAGAGUGUUUGGGCCGUAUUGAGCGCUUGUGGUUGUUGUAAGAAUGUCGAUCGAAUAUUUGCAAGUGGCUGAAGAUGAGGGAGAGGAGCCCAUCGAGCUGCCCACAGAAGAUGACGGGACUCUUCUAUUGAGUACGUUGUCCGCUCAGUUUCCGGGCGCUUCGGGCCUCAAAUACCGAAAUCCCGAGACUAAGGCUGUGAGGGGAGUGAGAUUGACUGACGGGCGGUUGCAUCCACCUCCGGAUGGUGGAUGGGGGUCAAAUAUUUAUUACUGUGUGUUUCCCAAAGAAAAUAAACGAAAAAGCGAUGACACGUUGGAAAACACAACCGCCAAGACAAAACGUAUGGAAACCAAACUUCGUUGUACCGAUUUGAUUGUUUUGGGCCUGCCUUGGAAAACUACUGAGCAAGAUUUAAGAGAAUACUUUGAGACGUUUGGUGAAGUGCUCAUGGCACAGGUUAAAAAAGACCCUAAAACCGGACAGUCAAAAGGUUUCGGGUUCAUAAGAUUCGCUGCCUAUGAAUCGCAGAUGCGGGUACUGGCUAAAAGGCAUAUGAUCGAUGGACGCUGGUGUGACGUCAAAUUACCCAAUUCGAAGGAGGGAUUGGUUCAGCAGGCACCAUUAGGUAAGGUAUUCGUGGGACGCUGCACGGAAGAAUUGACGGCGGAAGAUUUGCGGGAUUAUUUCGGAAAGUACGGCGAAGUGACAGAUGUAUUUAUACCCAAACCAUUUAGGGCGUUUAGUUUUGUAACGUUUCUGGACCCGGACGUCGCUCAGAGUCUCUGCGGCGAAGACCACAUCAUUAAAGGCGUGUCUGUACAUGUGUCGAACGCUGCUCCAAAGUCCGAAAACCGCUCGGCAAAGUACGGCAACGACCCACGUAAUGGGUUUGGCGGUCAGGGAGGCUCUAAUAGGGGCGGAGGUCCGAACGGCCCCGACGGUUCUAGCAACAUGUACCCCCAAAGGUACAACGGACCGCCGGGUCCGAACCAGGGCAGUUGGGGCAAUCAGGGAGGCCCAAGGGGUAAUAUUGAUAUGCCCAACUUGCAGGCAUUGGGUAUUACCGGCCAAGGUCAGCAGAAUAGUAACCAAGGUGGAUACAACCCGCUGGGUCUGGGUUUAAAUUUGGGCGCGUUGCCAAUGAACCCCGCGCUGGUCGCGGCGGCACUCAAUCAAGCUGGCUGGGGCCUCAUCGGCAACCUCCAGAAUCAAUCGGAACCAAAUUUUAAUCAGGGGUUUCGAAACGGUCCGAAUAACAACAGUAACGGUAAUAACCCGGGUGGAGUUAACAGCCAAGGAGGGGGCAGCGGGGCCCCAGGUUUUCUCAAUUGGAUGUCCCAAGGCGGCGGCGCACCCAACAACCAGGACGGCAGUCAGUGGCCCUCUAGACCGCCCCCUAACCAAAGUCAAGACAAGGCAUUUCUCAAAUACGAUUAAAAUUAGGAAUUAAAUCAAAAUGUAGUACAAUAAGGUACUAAUAAGCAUUUCCUUGUUUUAUCCUAUCAACUGGAUGCCAAUCACGGUUGCAAGGUGAUUGAACAAGUGGGUUGUGGGGUGCAAAGGCAAAGGUAGUCAUAGACUACUUUUUAUGAGCAACUUUUUCCCAAAACUCACUACUGGUACUUUUUAGACUUGUCUAGAGCAUCAUUUCGAUUUUAUUUAUUGUAAGAGAUAUGAGAAUUGUGUUUUUCUUUGUACAUAAAUAAACGAAUGUAAGUCGGUCGAAGGUAAACCAAGCGUGGUGGAGUUUUACUUAAAAACUAUUUACAAUAUGUAAUAAACAUAAUAAAUUAAUUGAA